CUCAAAUAGUGGAGUGAAGUUGGCUGCACGUGCCCAGGAUCUCGAAAUUUAUUUUUCUUCUGCCGCAGAUUCAAGCAAAGUCACAUCUACCGGCUGCCUCUGUGUCUCUGUCUGCUGAGAAAGUCUGUCGCCUAGUGUCUGCUUGAGACGGCUCUGCUCCCAGCUACAUUCCUAUAUGACCUUGAUCCGUGUCAGAGCCAGAUAACGCCGCCCAUAGAACGCCAAUCUGACAAUGACGCAAACGGAACCUACAAAGACCAUUGUCCAGGACUGGUCAGAGACUGGUUUCGAAGGACCGGAAAAGCUGCUUGAAGUAUGGUUUUGUGCAAGUCCAGACGACCUACCCUCGGCGUGCAAGCCGCAAGGUCUCAAGGUCGUGCCGCGUGAUGUCUGGGAGACCAUGCUCGACCAGGUCCAGUGCAAAGUCCUGUCUGUCAUUAAUGCGAUAGACAUUGAUGCCUACCUUCUCUCAGAAUCAUCCAUGUUUGUCUUUCCACACAAACUCAUCCUCAAAACGUGCGGCACAACGACCCUACUUGCGGGUCUACAAGCACUGCUUGAUAUUGCACGAGACCAUGCUGCUUUCCCACAAGACACUCAGCCCUGGCGUGUCUUUUACUCUCGCAAGAAUUACAUGUUUCCCGACGCACAAAAGGCACCACACAAGACUUGGCAAGAUGAGAUGAACUAUCUGGACCGGUUCUUUGAUGGUGGCAGUGCAUACCAGAUUGGCCCUAUGAAUGGUGAUCACUGGUUUCUCUACAUGUUUUCACAGGCACAGCAGCAAGUCCUCGAGAGUGGGGCAGCAAACGAGGAUGACUUUGAAGAUGAGACACUCGAAGUACUCAUGACGGAGUUGGAUGUGAACAAGGCUCAGCAAUUCUACAAGAGCACCAUUGCAGCGACAGAAGAGGACAUGAUGGCCGAUAUGAUGCAAUCCACCACGCUUACCAAGCACGAGGAGCAACACAAUGGCGCAAAUGGCGCACAUGACGAUUCCUCCGUCGGUCAUGUCUAUGGUACAAUCUGCUCCAAGCAAUCAGGUCUCCAGAAAAUAUGCUGCCGCAGACCAUCAAGCGUCAUGGACUCAUUUGUCUUUGACCCGCUCGGCUACUCUGCGAACAUGGUGGACGGUACGAGUUAUGCAACCAUCCACAUCACACCAGAGCAAGAAUGCUCAUAUGCGUCUUUUGAGACCAACAUGACCGGCGCAGUCAAAGACCUCAGUCGCGUCUUGGACGUUUUCCUGCCAGGCAAAUUCACAAUGACGCGCUUUGCAACACAGCGCGAUGAUGCCAAGACGACAAAGCUCAAGAUCGAAGGGUACCGCCGGUGCGACUUGAUUCAUUACGAGCUGGAUGGCUACUUUCUCGAAUUCCAAAAUUGGAAAAAGCUUUAGCGUCCCGGACGCUUUGCAUGUCGCGGCUCUUGCAAUCGGUGAAAACAACCAUUCGUCAAUCGUGAGACGCCUCUUCUCAGAAGUAUAACAAUGUCUCCUGACCACCAACAAUGGUCCUGUUGAUAUUCUUGGAGAUGUGAGGAUUGCCACUUCCUUUGUACCGACCUUACAAUGGCUCGGUAGGUACAAACAGCCCGGCCACAUCUUCAUCGAGCUCGCCUGCAAGUAGAUGAAAGAUGAGCCUGUUGUAUAAGUGUACCUUUUGUGAGGUUUGACAACUGGAAACAAAAGAUAUUAGACAGAUGGCAGCCUUGAGGCAGAUUAAAAAGAAAACUGAUAAAUCAUUAUCGUACGAAUAGACAGAUAUGAUGCGAAGCUGCAGCUUGCAACCAGUCUAAAAAAAUCAGGGGU